AUGUGGACCUCUCAGGACUUUAUUGGAUUCGUUGUAUUGUCUAGUUUAUGUAUACAAUUUGGAUUCUGCUUUGAAGGAAAGUUUACGGAUAUCCCCUCCAAUCUAACGGUAAAAGAAGGUCAAAACAUUGAAAUGGCGUGCGCCUUCCAGAGUGGAACCACGUCAGUUUACUUAGAGAUUCAAUGGUGGUUUAUAAGAGCACCAGAAGAACCCAGCAGCGAGGAGGAUGAUGAGGAAGAGCCACAAAUGGAAGUGAUACCAGAGCCGGAUCCAGACAAUGAAGGGACUAAAAUAAGUACGGUGAAGGUACAGGGAAACGACAUCUCCCACAAACUGCAGAUCUCCCGGGUGGGAAAGAGUGACGAGGGCUUGUACGAGUGCAGAGUCACCAACGCCAACUACGGAGAGCUGCUGGAGUACAAGGUCCAGGCCUACCUGAAGGUGAACAGCACCCGGCCCCGCAUCAGGCUGGCCAAGAAGACAUCCCCCUUGUCCCACCUGACAGCUGAUAAGAAGCCACGCAAGACAGGCGCCACAGCAGCACAAGACAGCAUGAGCCCCGACCUGAGGGUUCGCUCUACCUCCAGCUCUCAGACAUCAUCAGCCAAGACAAUCAAACAGAGUUCAGACAUGUGUCGUGUGUACAAUCACACCCCUGAGGACUCCAGCCACUAA